AGGAAGAGAUCUCUAUACUCGGAUUAUUAGAUCUUCCAGUCGAGUAUUUUCCAUCACCUGGGAUCCAUAACCAACGUCGCCAUUUAGAUUUUAAAUAUUCCCUAGUUACGGCAAAAUGGGUGGGGCGAAAUUGUUUUUUACCGUCUGCACGUCAGUAUUAAUUGUUUCACUCGUCGGGAAAACUUUCUCCCUUGAAAACUUGAGUCUGACUAAAGCAGAGAAACAAAAAUUGGACCAGUUUAAAGACGCCGUUUCCAAAAGUAACUUUCCGGCUGAGUGGAUGCAACAGGAAUUGACUCUGGUUCGCUAUCUGAGAGCUCGAGAAUGGGACGUUCGGCGAGCCAAGAGUAUGCUGCUAGAGACGGUCACCUGGUGGGAGGAGAAUAACAUGAAAGAUAUUCACAACGAGGACUGGGCAAGUAUUGAGAAAGACUAUCCCCUCCACACGGAUGGCGUCGAUAAGCUGGGACAACCAGUAAUCGUCCUUACUUUUUCGGAGUGGGAUCUCCGUCAGGCAGCAGUACAGGGCGGGAUGAACCGAGUAAUCCGCUGGUUCAUUAAAGGCUUUGAUGACGUUCACCUGAAAUCUUUCGAAUAUCACAAACUCGGCAAGACGAACGGAACCCAGUGGAACGUUAUCAGCAAUAUGGACAAGCUCUCUCGCCAGCAGCACCUCUGCAUCCAAUGUCUCCGAUUUUACACCGAACUCGCUCUUACAUUUGAGUCUCGCUACCCUGGAGCGAUUGACAAGAUUUACGUUGUGAAUGCCCCUUCAAUAUUCCAAGUCAUUCUCGGCCUGGUAAAUCCCAUUCUGUCGAAAAGUACUCUGAAUGCUAUGCAAGUGCUCGGAACGAACAAGGAGGAAUGGGGCCGAUCCAUCUACUCUCAUUUUUCAAAAGAUCAACUUCCAGAAAGCUUGGGAGGGACUAGAAGCUAUUCAACGGCGUGGAACGAAAUAUCAUGAACUUUGUUUAUUUACGUAUCAAAGCGUAUAAAAUAACAGUUUCAUUACUAAUUUACAAAUAUGUUGAAAUAAAUUAGGCAUAUAAAUUGUUUACGAAAUGAGGUAAAAAUUUAGAAACAGAGCAAUAAAAUAAAUCAGAUAUUUAAUUAAUUA